CACUGAACCCUUUCUUUUUGGGGAAACAUCAAAUUAAUAAUAGUUACACUAUAGAUCGGGUUUUCGGUAUACCUAAAAAGUAUUUUUAAUCUGAUGGGUAAUUACCCGAUAGAUAUCCGGCGGAUUUUGGGCUGGGUAUACUCGGGAAUGGGGUUGGAAUGACCCAAACCCUACCCUUUGCAUAACCGUAAAGACGUGUUUCGCCACAUAAUUGAUCACAUUAAACUGCUGUUUCUCUGCGCCAAACAAGCUGUUAUAGCUUCUCGAAAGCUGAAGGAUAACCCUCCGGCCGAAGAAGCUGAUUGCUUUAAUGAUGCGCCACUGCCGGAGAACCGGAGGCGAUGAAUCUGGAGACUACGGAUUGUAGCAGGGGGAGAUUCUGACGGGGGAUAAAUGUCAGCCAUUGGAAUUUUCAGGUCACCCAUGCUUUUACGUGGCCAAGUUUGAUUGGGUGCCACCACUUGAUUGGUGAUUUGGUGAAUCAACACAAACUUACCGAUUUGGUCGGUGAAGACGAUCACGUAUGAAACAUUAAGCAACAUACUGAGGCUGAUAAAUGGAUUAUCCGCAGUAUUAUUAUCUAUAUUGCCUGGCAAAGCUAACAUCCUUGAAGGCAUUCAAGGCUGGGAGCUUAGACCGAAAGUUCGUGGACCACGGCUUCCCAGAUGGAUGGAGAAUGGGGUGUCGUCAUUUAACCAAUUCGUUCAUGAACUAUCGGUGGAUUUUGAUUCAUUAUCAUCAAGUGGAGAGCAUUCAGCCGAAGAUGAUGUAGACGAUUAUGAUGAUGCUUACAUAUGUCCUGCAACUCCCUUAACACCAAACUUAAUAUUUUCGAGAGCAACGAGCUUUGCGAAGCGCGAAAGGAAUCGACGACAUUGGUUGAUGUCCAUCAUCAUGUUUCUUUUGAUUCCUGCAAGAAUCAUGUUUGGGAUACCCUUUUAUUUCUGUAAAAGAAUCUUCAAUAAAGGUGUUAGGGCGCAUACUACGAAACAUAAACGUGUGUCGUCUGCAAAUGCUGCCAAGAAAGGAAUUGAUCAUGUUGUUCAACGGGCUACGGAUAGAAGACGUGGGAUUAUAGAGGAUCUUCAUCUAGGAAUAGAGAUAGUUAUAGAAACCAUAUUUGAUGUUAUUCAUCAUGCAACUCGUUGUCUUCUUUCGCCGUUGGAGUCUUUAAGGAUGUUAUUAAGGUGGUCGUCUUCUUCAAGUGGUACUCGCAAGAUUGAUAAUGAUGAUUCAGAUGCCAUCGUUCCCACCGCCACUCUUGCUGAUUCUGAUCCUACACCAACCCAAAAGAAAACCAAUUUAAGCAAUACCCUAAAUACAGAUUCUCGAAAAUGCCGGGAUGUCAUUACCGAGCUCGGGUACCCUUAUGAAGCGAUUAACGUUGUAACAUCAGAUGGAUAUGUUCUCGUUCUCGAAAGAAUUCCAAGACGCGAUUCGAAAAAGGCUGUGUAUCUCCAACAUGGUGUUUUUGAUUCAUCUAUGUGUUGGGUAUCUAAUGGCAUUGUUGGCUCUCCCGCUUUUGCAGCUUAUGAUCAUGGAUACGAUGUUUUCCUUGGCAACUUUCGUGGUCUGGUUUCUAGAGAACACGUCAACAAGAAACUGACUUCACGACAGUAUUGGCGUUACUCGAUCAACGAACAUGGAACCCAAGAUCUACCAGCGUUAGUCGAGAAGAUCCACGAAGUGAAAACUAAAGAACUAAAAUCAUCUUCCCAACUUGACACAAGCGAACAACCAAACAGUGAUCAACCUUACAAACUCUGCGCGAUUUGCCAUAGUUUAGGAGGAGCCGCAAUACUAAUGUACAUCAUAACCCGACGGGUCGAAAACAAGCCUCACCGCUUAUCAAGAUCAAUAAUGUUAUCCCCAGCCGGAUUCCAUCACGACUCCCCUUUCUUCUUCACUGUAAUCGAAUACGUAUGUCUCUGGCUAGCUCCCAUUUUAAACCCGAUCUUCCCCGGAUUAUACAUCCCCACGAGGUUUUUUCGCAUGAUAGUUCACAAACUAGCUCGCGAUCUCCAAAACUACCCUGCGGUCGGGGGGCUAGUCCAAACAAUAAUGAGCUACUUGGUCGGGGGCGACAGUUCAAACUGGGUGGGAGUGAUGGGCUUACCGCAUUACAACAUGAACGAUAUGCCCGGGGUUUCUUUUGGGGUGGCGCGCCAUUUGGCGCAGAUUAAACGCGCGAAGAGGUUCGUGAUGUUUGAUUAUGGGAGCCGUGAAGCUAACAUGAAAGUUUAUGGUUCACCCGAGCCGAUGGAUUUGGGGGCGCGGUAUAACUUGAUAGAUGUACCGAUUGAUCUUGUGGCGGGUAUGAAAGAUAAGGUGAUACUUCCAUCUAUGAUUAUACAUCAUUAUAGGUUGAUGAAAGAUGGAGGUGUGAAUGCAUCUUAUAAACAGUUUGAGUAUGCACAUUUGGAUUUUACAUUUUCUCAUCGUGAAGAGCUUUUGGAAUAUGUUAUGUCACGUUUGCUGCUUGUGGAAUCGAAGCAUAAGACGUUGAAGUUGAAGAGGAAAGAAGAAAUCAUGUCUAUAUAGUGAUGAACUUGUGAAAUCUCUUGGUUUUGUAUAUUAUUAUUGUUAUGUUAUUAUUUUAGUUAUUGAUAUGGUGUAUGAUUUUGCAUAAUGGUUAGCAAGGUCAUAACUUUUGUAAAACUACAAGUUCGAUAUGGUGUUUGUGUAUAUGUAUAUACUUCUCCAUCCAUGAUUUUAAGAGGAUGGAGAUGUUUGGUUAGAGUUUGUGAUU